AUGGAGGUGAAUUAUCACCAGCAUAUCGAGGACGAUUAUGUUGGUUUGACAAAUGAAAAGCCUCACGACACCAUUCAGGCAUACUUUUCUAAAAGUCCAUGUUUUGACAUCAGCAUUGCUACCCAAAUGGAAUACAGUCAGUCUGAAGUGGCUAAGUCGGCAUCAGAUGCCAUUGAUGCCCUUCUGCUGCUUGAAGACUUCACUUCUUUGGCUGCAAAACGUUUCUCUUGUCGUAUUAUUCCUUCCCCUCGGAUUGGGAGUGCCUUACUGGCGUUGUACCCACUUGCCUUUUUUGUCAUGAAUAAUUUUGACAGCAAAAUACUCAACAGAGUCCUCAGACUAUAUCCAGAAGCCAUCAAUCAGUCCUUUGGCUUCGUAAAGUGGUCAAGUCUACUGGAAUUUGCUUGCUCAGACUUCCCGAAUAUCGACCAUCAAACACUCAAGUGGCUGGCAUCCCAGGUCAAUCAAAACUUUGAUACUGCAAAGGCAAUCCUUAGCUUUUUCACUGACAACCGCUUGGAAAAUCUGAGCAUAAAUGGCCCUUCAUGUGAUGAAGAAAUCCUUCAGAUUAUGCUUUCCAAAAGUCCAAAUUUCAUGGCCAAUGAUGACGAUGCAGUCAAAGAGUUGCUGAAAACUGUUAUUGCAGCUGAACUUGACACUAAGAUUGUCCUGCAAUUGCUGGAAAAAAUUCCAAUGGGAUCCCGUGUCUUGGAUCUCAAGCAUGAUCUUUUGUGCUGUGUGUUUCAAUGUGAAGAUAUGACCGUUGAGUGGCUAACCGGGUCGAGGAUUGACCUAAUCUUUUCGCAGAUGUUGCCAAGGGUUGCAGAGCUUCGACUUGACCUGAAUUGUUUUGAAGAUUUCAUGUGGCUGGACAAUUCUGCGAUGAAGAUUGAACCUGAAUGGACACGUGCAAUCAAGUUGCUACUGGCCAACUCUUCAAACCUACAAAAGCUUUCCCUGUCGAUUCCAACGGACGUCGCUUGGACAAAUCCAAGGGCCAUUGUCAUGUUGAAGUACUUGAUUCAGAUGCACCUCUCAUCGACAGAGCUUCAUCUGCGUCUCUACAAUGAAUGUAACGGGGGUUGUUGGUGGAUGUUUGAAGACGGAGAUGAAGGUGGCGAAGAGUUCUACCUCUAUGGCAACGAAAACAGCUACGGCAAGGUCAGCGGUGAGAUUGGAGAAAAGCUCCGAACCCAUACAGUCCAUAGCACAGACGAAUUUACCAACAACCGGUUUCUGGAAUUUUUACUGGAUGUUGUGCGAACAGCCCCCAACAGUGCCUCGAGUGGCAAGGGCAACUCCACGAUCGAACACAUUGAGCUAGACCGUUUGGAAAACGUGCACGCUGAGCACCUCGCAAAACUCUGUGUUCACACCAAAUCAUUGCAACUUGAUUACACAUCUGUGAUAUCCCAGACGGCCUAUUCUCCCUCGCUUUGCAAGGUAUGGAAGCGGCCUUGCCCCAACACAUUUUCAUGUUGUGGCUCUCCAGCUAUGCGAGCGAUCUCAUCACUACCCCGCCACCAAAGCAUUUUGACCACAAAGGAGAGUUUGUUCGAUGCAACAUCCGCUUUGGUUACGACGCUUGGUAUCGACACACUUGAGGUUCUCCAGUUCUCUGACAUUGGGCAUACACUAGACCUGUCUCUCUUUGGUGAAGCAUUCAAGAAGAACCGCAAUCUGCAAAAGCUUGAGUUGAUUGGAUUAAACUAUCUUUGCAAGGAUCAGCGUUCUGUCUUGGAAUGGUUCCUGGAAAUGCUAGAAGGAAGCGUGAACAGGGUAUUGGCAUUCCUCUCGAUUAAAAAUGGAAGCAGUUAUCACUUCAUCAACUGCGAUGCACCCGUUCUUGCCAAAUGUCUCCUGGCCAAUGGCACCCUGCCAAUAGGUGGUUUUCCAUUUUAUUUGGAACCAACGGCUGAAAAGAUUCAGCUCCUGUUGUGGUUGGCACACUUUGGACGAUGGAGGAUGACCAGCGAAAACACCACAUCACAUGACCUUGUUGAUAUCCUUUUGAAUGUGAUGUCUGUUUCAUUUAAGGAGCUUGCUUCUGCUGUCAACCCAUGGCACCCAAAAGAUGCACAACAACCGGAAAAGGAUAAGACAGGAGUGCUGUAUGGUCUUCUUCGUGAGAAACCUUCUCUUUGGUGCUGCUCUACUUCAAUUUCUCAGCGUCAAGCUUCACCCAGAGGGGAAAAGCGGAAAUAUUCAGCUCCUGAAGGACCAGCAUGCAUUUUAAAAAAAACAUAG